UUUUUUUUUUUUUGUUUUAAAUAUGAGCAAUCAAAAACUUGAGUAUGAUGCCGCCUUGGGCGGGCGCGUUACACUGCCCACGCACAUACCUACAUAUCACUAUGCAGCCGGUGCUUUGCGGGAGAUCAAAAGUCUUAUUGCCGAUGCCCAACAAACGAGGAGCACUAAGCUAAUCUUCCAGUCGCUGCCAAAGCAUAUGCGGCGCCGAGCCAUGUCCCAUCAUCCAAAGCGCCUGCCGCGCAAAUAUCGUUCCGCCCAUAAGUCGCAAAUGGGGAAGUCGGGCAACACUGCUGCGAUCAAAAAACGACCCUCGCGUAAAUAUCGCCGUCGACCAAAAAAUCUGAUGCGUGAGUAUUUGCGCCGGCAGAGACGCCACAUAUGGCUGGAAACGCAUAUUUGGCAUGCGAAACGCUUUCACAUGGUCGAUCGCUGGGGCUACAAGCUGCCAUAUGCCAGUUGCGACAAAACUUACCGUGCUUGCUAUCGCGCCAGUGCCCAGCAUUGUUUGGUCCAAGACAUAUCCUUCUAUUGUUGCGUGGAGCUGCAGGGAAACAUCGAUUUGUUGUGCGCAGGCUUUGCACGUCUAACCAGUAGCGAGUGCGGACUCAGUAUUGGGGCCAAGACGUAUUUAAGUGGACGGCGCGAGGGAAGCAUUGAGUUGUUUCGUGAUGGAAAAUAUCCGGCCGGUGCACUGCAGCGCGCUAGUUUUAUGUGGCGGCCCAUCACCGACGUAAACAGUGACAAACGCACACUUUGGCUAUGGCUACAUCCCUGUGGCGCCACAACAACGAUUGAGGAACUGGUGCAGGUGUUUGACUUGAAGUCGACGAAACAUAAAAAAUUGCCACUCUCAGGCGAGAAACUAAGCACUGAAGACAACAAAGAACAACCAACAAAGGAAGAGACGAAAGAGAGCAAGCAGAGCAAUACUAAGGAGCAGCCACUGCGUUUUUGGACCCAAACUAAGGCGUUUGAGCUCAACCGGCAUUACGCCAAUGCCGAUGGCACGCUGGAGCUGCUCGUGCUCAAGAACAGCUUCAAUCGUUUCCGUCUGACCGGACCACGGUCCCAAGAAGUACUGGCAAACAGUUUGCGCGCCUACCAAAUUCGCGAAACCACCAACAGCAACGAGCCCGACCACUGGCUCUCGCAGCUGGAUAGCGAGCAGCGUCGCAUACAUGAAACCCAGGCGAACUACUGCAGAUCAGCGCUACGUUUGAACACACCUAGCGAGCUCCUUUCCAAUAUGGUCUUGGGGUUGAACAUUGUGGAUCCGCGACUGCAACGACCCAUAAAGCGAACCAAAGCCGGUGUUGUGGAAGCUGCGCCAAAAGGAAGCAAGCCUGCGCAACUGCUGAUGGACGCGCCCGCCUGUCUGCCCACGAGUGCGCUUUGGGACAAGGAGUUGCGUGAGCGCCUUGGCAAUAAAAUGCUCUCAAUCCAUGACUACUGCCAACUGCGCCAGAAACAUGCGGUUGUGCCCGGCAUGCCAUGCGCCUUUGAGCAAUCGAUGCAGCCGCUGCCGGUGCUGCUUGUACAGCGUCCGGGCUCACAACAGCCUCGCUACAAACGUCUGGGUUACGGCUGUGGUUGGGACAUAAUUGCACCUGCGCGCUAUGGCUUGGUGCUCUGGCUUACGCUCAUAAUGUGGGGUGCUAGGCCGGGCGGGUUGCGAGAAUUCGAUACCGUGGCUCGUGAGGCGGGGGCCGAGCUGCAUUUGCCGGACACAGUGGCGGGUGUGGAGCAAGCUGCUACGGCUGCUGCGGACCGUCGGGCGCGUUAUUUUCGCCUGCCACCAAACAAGCGUUGUAAUUAUCGAAAAUACGCCGUCGUCAGUCCGUUUAGUGCUCCUUUUGGGCAACUUGUGCGCGACUGGCGUCAGGAGACGGACGACAGCGCCAACCAGUUCUUUGUGCUGCGUCAGCGCGACCUGCUUCAACGGAUUGACACAAGCCUGCGACGAAAACAGAAGCUCCCCGGUCCUAAGGAAUUGCCCGCCGGAUGUCUGGUGCAGGUUCAGCUGCGUCUGUUGAGGCGUGGCAGUUUGCAUGAGAAUGCGAUUAUCUGUCUGCCCACCCGAGCCGAUCUCAAGCGCCGCCUAAAACAGCUCAAGCGAGACGACCAGGCUCCCGUGUACUGUGAACCGCCACUGCCCGAUCUGAACGAGCGACCACGCCGGGACCUGCGCCUGGCUCACAAGCGUUUGCUUAAACGCUUACGAGGGCGGCGUGUUCGCGAGAAACGUAAACUGCAGGAGACGAGCACACAACGUGUUCACAUACGAGCGGCAAAUACAGCGGCUCUUGUCCGAGAACAUUUUGCAGAGAUGUGUCGCCUUUGGCUACCCAUGGAGCCAGCUGCCACAACUAACAGCGUGCGUCGGCAAUGCACGCGUGAGGUCUUUGGGUACGUGACCAGUGCCAGCUUCAGCUUUACGGAGGCCACUGUCUGUGCCGUUGGUUAUGUGACGGCUGGGGGUUUGCGCCAACUACUCUCUGAUGGGCAGCAGUCACCGUUGUGCUUAGUUCGCGAUCCUGACAGUCGUGACUAUCGCUUUUCUAGCUUAAAAGUCAACCUGGAUGUCUCAAUGCCUUGAGCUUCAUUCUGAUACUAAAUUAGCUUUUAUAUCCAAGAUGUAUGUACAUAGUUAUAGUUACCAAAAUACAUUUUACAUUCGUAUACACAUGUAAA